AUGUUUCCUGCAAUUAUUAUUGGUUUGAUCAUUUUAGGAAUUGAGUUUAUUACAGGCAUUAUAGCAAACAGAUUGAUGAUCGUUGUGAAUUGCAGUGAGUGGAUCAGAAGCAGAAAACUGACCUGUAGUGACAUGAUCCUGACUAGCCUGGGCAUCUCGACAGUCACGAUAAUCAUUAAUGGUACCAUCUUUCAAUUAUCGCAAGAUAUGAAUGAACAGUGUGCUAUGUCGAGAACAAUGGCUGUUGUCUGGACAUUUCUAAAUACUCUCAGUCUAUGGUUUGCCACCUGGCUCAGUGUCUUCUACUGCAUGAAGAUUGCCAACUUCAGCCAACCUCUCUUCCUCUGCCUGAAGCAGAGAAUAUCAGGGCUAAUGCCACAGCUACUCAUGGGAUCCUUUCUGGUCUCCUUGGUCACCUUGAUAAUGGGUGCUUAUCCCUCUGGGCACUCUCUUAUCCUAAUUCUGGGUAAUCCCAAACUGAAGAGAGUAGCAGUGAGGGCUUUCCCUUUGCUGGGUGCAGGCUGA